AUGGCUACCUCAACUGUCCCCAAGACCUGCAAGGUCAUCACUGCUGAGACUAUCGCCAAGGGUUACCUGGGUGAGGUCAAGGACACACUGGCCAAGAUCCAAGGCGAGAACCCUUGCACUCCCACACUGGCUGCUUUCCUCGCCAACGGUGAUCCCGCUGCCGUAAAGUACGCUGAGUGGUCCAAGAAGACUUGUGAAGAGAACGGAUUCAACUUUGACCUCCGAACUGUGGACAAGGAGCUUCUCGAGGAGGAGAUCAUGAAGGCUAACGAAGACGACGAUGUCGACGGCAUGAUUGUCUACUACCCUAUCUUCCCCAACAACCCUUCUCACGACAAGUACAUCCAGGAGUCGGUUGACCUUGGAAAGGACGUUGAGGGUCUUCGACACAAGCACAUCCACAACAUGUACCACAACAUUCGCUUCAUUGACCCUCCUGAGAACCGCAAGAAGUCCAUCCUUCCUUGCACUCCUCUCGCUGUUGUCAAGAUCCUUGAGUACUUGCAGAUCUACAAUCCCAUCCUGGCUUCCGGAAACCGACUUUUCGGAAAGACUAUCACUGUCAUCAACAGAUCCGAGGUUAACGGCCGACCUCUUGCUGCCCUCCUCGCCAACGAUGGCGCCACCGUUUACUCCGUCGACGUCACUGGUGUCCAGAUUUUCACCCGAGGAGAGGGCAUCAAGAAAGCCCGCCACCAGGUCGAGGACAAGGAGGGUUGGAAGCUCGAGGACUGCCUUCCCCUCAGUGACGUUGUCAUCGGAGGAGUUCCCGUCGAGUCUUUCAAGGUACCCACCGAGCUCAUCCGCGAUGGUGCUGUCUGCAUCAACUUCUCCUCGUACAGAAACUUUGAUGGUCCCGCCAUCAAGGAGAAGGCCUCCAUCUACGUGCCAUCCGUCGGCAAGGUUACCAUUGCUAUCCUCUUGAGAAACUUGGUUCGCCUCAUUGCCAACCGGCCCUCCAAAGAUGAGUCGCAGAAGAGCGUCGAGGCCCGAGCUGAGGCUUUCGCUGACGACUAA